AUGAAUGACUACACCGAUCUAUGGAACUUCACAGUCUGCACUUACAAGUCUGACCUCUCACAGUACUUUGACCUUCUGCCCGUCAACGAGUGUCUGAACACUCAAAGUCUGACCGUCUCACAGUCUCAUCUGAACUCGACACAGUCCCUGACCAGUCACUAUCACAGUCGGACAGUCACAAGGCUGACCGUCACAGCUCUGAACCGUCACAGUCUGACAGUCACAGUCUCUGACACUCACGUGUCUGACAGUCACAGUCUGACCGUCCACAGUCUGACACUACACAGUCCUGACCGUCACCAGUCUCUGACCGUCACAUUCCUGCCGCCGUCUCACCGUCCUUUGACCGUCAUCAGUCUGACCCGUCACAGUCCUCUCUACCGGCGUCACCAGUUGACAGUCACCAGUCUCUCGACCGUUCACAGCUCUCUGACGUCACAGUCUCUCAGUCACAGUCCUGACCUGUCACAGUCUCGGACCGUCACAGUCUCGACCGUCAACCCGUCUCAUUGA